ACGGAGUCUUGCUCUGUCGCCACGCUGGAGUGCAGUGGAACGAUCUUGGCUCACUGCAACCUCUGCCUCCCAGGUUCAAGUGAUUCUCCUGCCUCAGCCUCCCGACUAGCUGGGAUUAGAGUGUCACAUUUGAAGACAAGCACUGAGGAUGAGGAACCAACUGAAGAAUAUGAAAAUGUUGGAAAUGCAGAAUCUAAGUGGCCAAAACUGGAGGAUCCUAUGCCUGAAUCUAAGGUUGGUGACACAUGUGUUUGGGAUAGCAAGGUAGAGAAUCAACAGAAAAAGCCUGUGGAAAACAGGAUGAAGGAAGACAAAAGCAGCAUCAGGGAAGCAAUCAGCAAAGCCAAGAGUACAGCAAAUAUAAAGACAGAACAGGAAGGUGAGGCAUCUGAGAAGAGCUUGCAUCUGAGCCCACAGCAUAUCACACACCAGACUAUGCCUAUAGGACAGAGAGGGAGUGAGCAAGGCAAACGUGUGGAGAACGUUAAUGGAACUUCCUACCCUAGUCUACAGCAGAAAACCAAUGCUGUUAAGAAAUUACAUAAAUGUGAUGAAUGUGGGAAAUCCUUCAAAUAUAAUUCCCGCCUUGUUCAACAUAAAAUUAUGCAUACUGGGGAAAAGCGCUAUGAAUGUGAUGACUGUGGAGGGACUUUCCGGAGCAGCUCGAGCCUUCGGGUCCACAAACGGAUCCACACUGGGGAGAAGCCGUACAAGUGUGACGAAUGUGGGAAAGCCUACAUGUCCUACUCCAGCCUUAUAAACCACAAAAGCACCCAUUCUGGGGAGAAGAACUGUAAAUGUGACGAAUGUGGAAAAUCCUUCAAUUAUAGCUCUGUUCUGGACCAGCAUAAAAGGAUCCACACUGGGGAGAAGCCCUAUGAAUGUGGCGAGUGUGGGAAGGCCUUCAGGAACAGCUCUGGGCUCAGAGUCCACAAAAGGAUCCACACAGGGGAGAAGCCCUAUGAAUGCGACAUCUGUGGGAAAACCUUCAGUAACAGCUCUGGCCUUAGGGUCCACAAAAGGAUCCACACGGGUGAGAAACCUUACGAAUGUGAUGAGUGUGGAAAGGCCUUCAUUACUUGUAGAACACUUCUCAACCAUAAAAGCAUCCACUUUGGAGAUAAACCCUAUAAAUGUGAUGAGUGUGAGAAAUCUUUUAAUUAUAGCUCUCUUCUCAUUCAGCAUAAAGUCAUCCACACUGGAGAGAAACCUUAUGAAUGUGAUGAAUGUGGGAAGGCUUUCAGGAACAGCUCAGGCCUCAUAGUGCAUAAAAGGAUCCACACAGGAGAGAAACCUUACAAGUGUGAUGUCUGUGGCAAAGCAUUCAGCUAUAGCUCAGGCCUCGCAGUCCAUAAAAGCAUUCACCCUGGGAAGAAAGCCCAUGAAUGUAAGGAGUGUGGGAAAUCCUUUAGUUAUAACUCACUUCUUCUUCAACAUAGAACUAUUCAUACCGGAGAGAGACCUUAUGUAUGUGAUGUGUGUGGGAAAACGUUCAGAAACAAUGCAGGCCUCAAAGUCCACAGGAGGCUCCAUACUGGGGAAAAACCAUAUAAGUGUGAUGUGUGUGGGAAAGCCUAUAUCUCACGCUCUAGCCUUAAAAAUCACAAAGGAAUCCACCUUGGGGAGAAGCCCUAUAAAUGUAGCUAUUGUGAGAAAUCCUUCAACUACAGCUCUGCCCUUGAACAGCAUAAAAGGAUUCAUACCAGGGAAAAACCCUUUGGUUGUGAUGAGUGUGGUAAAGCUUUCAGAAAUAAUUCUGGCCUUAAAGUACAUAAACGAAUCCACACUGGGGAACGACCUUACAAAUGUGAAGAAUGUGGGAAAGCAUACAUCUCUCUCUCGAGCCUUAUAAAUCAUAAAAGUGUACACCCUGGGGAGAAGCCCUUUAAGUGUGAUGAGUGUGAGAAGGCCUUCAUCACAUACCGAACCCUUAUAAACCACAAAAAAGUUCAUCUUGGGGAGAAGCCCUACAAAUGUGAUGUGUGUGAGAAAUCUUUUAAUUACACAUCACUCCUUUCUCAGCACAAAAGGGUCCACACUAGAGAGAAACCCUAUGAAUGUGACAGGUGUGAGAAGGUCUUCAGAAACAACUCAAGCCUUAAAGUUCAUAAAAGAAUCCAUACUGGGGAGAGGCCCUAUGAAUGUGAUGUGUGUGGAAAAGCCUACAUCUCACACUCAAGCCUUAUUAACCAUAAAAGUACCCACCCUGGCAAGACACCCCAUACAUGUGAUGAAUGUGGAAAAGCUUUUUUCUCAAGCAGAACUCUUAUAAGCCAUAAAAGAGUCCAUCUUGGGGAGAAACCUUUCAAGUGUGUUGAGUGUGGGAAAUCUUUCAGUUACAGCUCUCUCCUUUCUCAGCACAAGAGGAUCCACACAGGGGAGAAACCCUAUGUGUGUGAUAGGUGUGGGAAGGCCUUCAGGAACAGCUCAGGCCUCACAGUGCAUAAAAGGAUCCACACAGACUGCAGGUGCUCAGAGGACAGCGACUAGGACCAACCAAGAGGGAGGAAGUGGUGACAUCUGGGCAGGACGUUGAAUUGCGUUUUCUGAGAGAGGAGUAGGAACUAGGAUGACCUGAGUAAAGGCAGCUACAGAAGUGCCCAGGCAUCCUCCAGCAAGGCUGGUCUCUGGCAGGGCUGGUGUCUGGGCAGGAAGGAGGGUGCCAUGGAGUACUCGUUCCCAGUAGUCGUUGGGACAUGGAUUGGGCUUCCAUUUGCUGAAGAUGAGACCAGCUCUGGUCGUUUUUAACCUGCGGUUUCCAUGUGCUCCUCACACAGGAGAGCUCCCGUACUUGAGCUCCAGCUGAACCUAAUGCACUGUCUACUUUUGGGGAAGAUGCAGGCUAAAUAACAGGAGAGGAUGGCCACAGCUCAGGUGGGGAUUCUGAGUGCCUCAGCCCCACCGAGCACCAGACAAGCUCCUACUGCGGCCCCCACCUACUCGCAUGCUCCGGAAAUGGGCCCAGGUCCUCAAGUGUACCUACAGCCAGAUACAAGCCAUUCAGGCUGAUCCUAGACGUGGUGGGGUCGCCGUUGUAGCACAGACCCAAUGAACUGGUGCGGCUGAGCCUGCUCAGACCAGGGAUGGAACGUGGUUUAGGCACCACCCCCAGUUCCUUCCAGAGAACGAUAUGCAAGUGGGAAAAAUAAAGGGGGAGGGAAAAACGGGGAGGAGAAAGAGAAAAGAAAAGCCUGAAAAAACAAUGAGUAUGGAAUAGCCUUCCAUAGGCGUGCACAUCUCUAUUAGCAAAUUUGUCUGAAGGUGAAAGCCUGGAAAAUAAUUUCAUGUUUUGUGUAUGGAGACACUGGGUGUGAAACGGUACUGAACAGCAAUCCUGCAAUGCAGGGGAAUUUUCCUUCAUGGGAUUCAAAAAUGAGAGGAUCACCACCAGGACAACAUCUGAAGGUGUGUUAGCUGAAGACAGACAUUGGGGACCUGAAGUCUGUCUGCAUCAAGACCUUGAGGAAUUGGCCACAGCUGUACCCAGGGAGUCCCUGGGCUGAGGAGACCCUUCAUUUCUCUUCUCCAGCUUCAGCUAAGGGCCUUGGCCUAGAGACAUGGAGAAGGAAGCAGAAUACAGUACUUCAAUUGUCUUCCUACUGGGGAGCCAUUCUCAUUUAGACCUGGCGGUUCUUCUCAGGUUAUGGAUAGUGUCGUUGUGCUAAGGAAGCUGUUUGCAUGAAACCUGUGUAGCGUCAGUGAAGUAUAGUGGCCGAGGACGUGAUCUCUCCACCAGGAAGCCUGAGUUCAAAUAAGGACUCUCAUUUAUUUCCAGAUGACUUUAGGCAAGUAACUAAACUUGUGUGUCCUCACCUGUCUUUUUUUUUUUUUUUUUUUUUUUUUUUCUAAGACGGUCUCACUCUGUCGCCCAGGCUGGAGUGCAGGGGCAUUAGCUCACUGCAACCUCCACCUCCUGAGCUCAAGCAAUUCUCAUGCCUCCGCCUCCAGAGUAGCUGGGAUUACAGGCAUGCACAAGCAUGCCAGGCUAACUUUGGUAUUUUUGGUAGAGACAGGGUUUCAUCAUUGUUGACUGGGCUGGUCUUCAACUCCUGGCCUCAAGUAAUCUGCCCAGCCUCAGACCCUCAAGGUGCUGAGAUUACAGGCCUGAGCCACCACAGACUACCAUACCGGGCCGUCACCUGUCUUUUGUAAAGAUAAUAGUAGCAACCUCAUAGGUUGUAAUGAGGGUUGAGUGUUGAGGUCCUUAGAAGGCUGCCUAGAAUGAGAAGUAUUUGCAUAAGAAUGUAUGGAGUAAGUCUGAUGAGUAAGUGUGGUGGCCCUGUCCAAAGACAGCAUCUAGAUGCUUGGGCAAUGGAGGACAACUCUUACCUGGAAGUCAAGGAAAUCCCUCAAGGACCACCCCCUACUCAGGUAAAACUUGAGAAGAACCAUGAGAAAAGUGAUUUUUUGGAUGUUCCUGAGUGGUGUCUUGCUUCUAAGUAAGCAAUCCGUUGUCUCUAAACAAACACGUUUUGUCUUUGUCGGGCUGCGAAAGGGCUCAGCAGGAGGAGCCUCCAGCUGAGGCCAGUAACCACACAUGUUGGGGGUUGAGGGCUGCCUCACGCUUGCCUCUCUGGCCUGGGCAGCCUGCUCACUCACGUGGCAUACAUUUUGUUUCCCCUGUGUUUUCCCAGCAAUACUCAGAUGUGCUGGAGAUUACUGUAGAAAGGGUUGGUGAGAGCCAGGCUUUCGCCGUCUUAACCGUGGCUAUUUCUGGUGAGUGUCCCUUAAGAUCCCAGAGGAUAAGUGGUGGUCCUGGGGUGGGCAGGGCAAAGCCCCAGAGAGGAGCAGGUGAAGUUCCUCUGGUCUUGGGUGCAAACCAUGGGGCCAUAUUCCAUUCAGUGCAAUAAUAUGAAUUUAUUUCCUGUUCUAUCAUUUUCCCAUCUGUAAAAUGAGGGAAAAGACCUGUUUACAAGAUUAUUUUAAGGCUUAAUAAAAACGCUCUGUAUUUUAUAAAAAUUUUGUACAAACAUUGUUAAAUUGACUAUCUUUUUAAAAGUUAAAGGAAGGAGAUAAUGAGAGCAAAAGUUGAUGAAACAGCAAACAAUAAAGAAGACCAACAAAGUCAAGAUUGGUGCUUUGAAAAGACUGAAAAUUGGUAAACCUCUGAUGUGAUUGAAAAAGAAAAAAAUAGUCAAAGUCAGGAAUGAAAAUUGGGAAAUCACAACAGAUUCCAUGGGUUAUUUAGAAGUAUAUUUUUAACUUCCAAACAUGGGAAUUUCAUAGUUAUAUUUUUGUUAUUGUUGUUACAAAACAUGGUCCAUAUGACUGCUAUCCUUUGAAAUGUGUUGAGGUUUGCUUUAUGGCCCAGCAUAUAUUUAACCUUAGCGAAGGUUUGUGGGCACUUGAAAAGAAUGCAUGUUCUGCAGAUGCUGCAUGCAGUCAUCUACAUAAAGCCAUUAGAUUGUUUGUAAUACGUUGUUCAGAUCUUCUCUGCUCUUAAUGAAGUUUUAUUUGCUUAUUCUACUAGUGAGACAAUUGUUAUCUCUACUUAGAUAUAGUUCUGUGAACUUUGCUUUCACACAAAUAUAAAAUUGUUAUAUGAAUUGAAAUUUUAUGAAGUAAACCUUUUAUCCCUAGUAAUGCA